CAUACACAUUGCCCACAUGCCUGCCCUAAGCUUCAGAAGAGAGAGGAGAGGGUGGAAGGCUGGAGCUGGAUGUACAUGAACGUGUCUGGGGAGACAGUGUGUGAUUGUGCACAUCAGAUAAGAAGAACAAGAAGAAGAAGAAGAUUGAGGAAAUACAGAGUUGAGAAAAGUGCCAGCUCAGAAGCUUCUGGAAGGACAGACAGACAGGCAGGGCAGGCCUGAGGGACAGACGGGCACCCAGACAGGCAGACCGGAGCAGGGCCAUUGGAGGACUAUUGGAGGACUGUCUGCCAUUACCAUAGGACCACUCCAGCUUUCUUCUUGGCAAGAUCCCCUGCUUUACUCUCUCUCUCUCUCACUCCUCUCUCGCUCUCUCUCUCUCUGUCCCUCACUCCGAAGCAUGGACCAAGGGGACCCUGAAGGAAUUACUAUUUUGACACUUUAACUUGACGGACCUACACAACGCGGUGGCGGCAACAGCAAAGCCUAACAACCAUCUCUGGAAGCUUCUCCAGUUUCGGAACGACUAUUCUGGAAAGUUUUUGUGUGCGUGUGAGUGUGUGGAAAUCCCUCACCAGUGGAGACAUCACCAGGAUUUCGAUGGGACUUUCAAAAAAGGGCAGCACAAGGAAGGGUAACGUCUAUUCUUUUAUGACACAAAGUCAUUGAAUACCCUCUAACCUAUCUGGUGUUCCAGGAGAGUUUUAAAGGAAGGACGAAAGGAAUAGUGACCACUUCUUUUCAAGUUUGUUCAUGUUCUCCACUUCUCUUUGCAUGGCACAGUAUUUGUGACAGUAAAACUGGAGAGCGAAUCUGCGCACAAAAACUUUUCAGGAAGAGGAGUUUGUGCGUGUGUGUGAGUGUGCUGGGCAGCUGGAGGACUGCAAGCGGAGCGUCCUGCGACACACACAUUGCAGUAAUUACAAAGCAGCAUGGGAGAGCAGUAAUUAAGGGGGCUAUAAAAAGAGGCCGGCACACACACUUGCACACACACACACUCGCACACACACACACACACGCACACACACACACACACACGGCACUGGUGGAGAAGGUGGAAGCCAAGGGGCUGGGACGUCCCCUCCAACACACACACACACACACACACACACACACACACACACACACACACACACACACAUACACAUACACAGGCACACACGGACACGCGCCUGUGCGCACACACACCGUUACUGUGGUAACACACCACAAAAACUUUUUUGUUACAGAAAAAGGGAGCUAAUAUGUACUUACUGUGCAUUUUGUGAAUGUACAUACAGCUGUGUUGAAGGACAAGACACAUGUUAUAUUUAAAGCAGUGAUCUCACUCACUCUAACACAACUCACCAGAAACACACACUUUUGUGUGCUACCGGCUAACUUACAGUACAGUCACUGUCACUCAACUUCCUCAUACUUUCUUGUAAUAAUACCACACACACACACACACACAAAGAAGUGUACCCAAUGCCACUUACUUCAACUUACUUCAGGACACACUGCACUUACACUUUUUGUGACCAACCACCACUGCACAACCACAGAACCAACCGCACUACCUAAACCAACCAUCCAACCGACCGAGACUACCUAACCAGCCAGUCUGCCCAGCACCCACACAGCCAACCCACCAAGACUACCUAACCAGGCAGUCUACAGAUCCAAGGCUACCUAACCAGCCAGCCUACCACCAACCCACCAGCCAACCCACCUCCUCUCCUCCUCAGCAUUAUGGAUUCCACAGGUGGGCACUACUUGAACAAGAAGGCGGUGCUGUCAGGCCUGGGUGCGGCCCGCAUGGUCCAGCUGUUUCUGGGCUGCACCACCAUGGCGCUGGUGUCCCACAGCGCGGGUUACCGGGCCGACUACGGCGUGUACUGCAUGUUCGUGUGGUGCUUCUGCUUCGCCGUGACGCUGGUGGUGUUCAUGCUGGACGUGACGCGUCUGCACGGCUGCAUGCCCAUCUCCUGGGACAACUUCACCGUCUCCUUCGCCAUGCUCGCCACCCUCAUGUACGUCACGGCCUCCGUGGUGUACCCCGUCUACUUCCUGACGACCGAUUGCGCGGCGGAGGACUGCGAGGCCUGGGGCUACCGCAUCGCCGUGACCGUCUGCUCCAGCGUGUGCUCGUUCGCGUACGGCGCCGAGGUCUUCCUGACGCGGGCCAAGCCGGGCCACGUGGUGGGCUACAUGGCCACGCUGAGCGGCCUGCUGAAGGUGGUCCAGGCCUUCUCGGCGUGCAUCAUCUUCGGGGCGCUGGCGCACGACAGCGAGUACGAGAAGCACAUCCCCACGCAGUACUGCGUGGCCGUCUACAGCCUGUGCUUCACCCUCACCGUGCUGGUCAUCGGCGCCACGGUGUCGGGCCGCACGUCCAAGCUGACAAAAGCUGAAUCAAGUUUAAAAAUGAGCGUGGGCUUCCUUGGCGCGGGUCAGUUGGCGCACGCGCUGGUGCGCGGAUUCACAGCAGCAGGUGUUAUAUCUGCCCAGAGAAUCACAGCAAGCUCUCCAGACACAGACCUGCCCACUGUGGCCGGCCUGAGGAAACUGGGGGUGAACUUCACGACGAGCAACAAGGAGACAGUCCAGAAGAGCGAUGUUCUGUUCCUGGCCGUGAAGCCGCACAUCAUCCCCUUCGUGCUGGACGAGAUUGGGCCUGACAUCGAGGACCGCCACCUCAUUGUCUCCUGCGCCGCCGGAGUCACCAUCGGAUCCAUCGAGAAGAAACUGAUGCAGCAUCGUCCCAGCCCCAAGGUGAUGCGUCUGAUGACCAACACCCCGGUGGUGGUGCGCGAGGGGGCCACGGUGUACGCCACGGGGACCCACGCCGAGGUGGAGGACGGGAAGCUUCUGGAACAGCUGAUGAGCAGCGUGGGCUACUGCACCGAGGUGGAGGAAGAUCUCAUAGACCCCGUCACCGGACUCAGUGGCAGCGGACCCGCAUAUGCGUUUACGGCGGUGGAUGCCCUGGCUGAUGGAGGUGUGAAGAUGGGACUCCCCAGGAGGCUGGCCGUCAGACUAGGAGCACAGGCCCUACUGGGAGCGGCGAGGAUGCUGCUGGACUCGGAGCAGCACCCAGGGCAGCUGAAGGACAACGUGUGCUCACCAGGGGGCGCCACCAUCCAUGCGCUCCACGUCAUGGAGAGCGGAGGCUUCCGCAGCCUGCUCAUCAACGCCGUGGAGACAUCCUGCAUCAGGACCAGGGAGCUGUCGUACCUGGCGGACCAGGAGAAGAUCUCUGCGGCGGCCAUCAAGAAGACGACGUUGGACAAGGUGCUGCAGCAGCCGGGCGUGGCGGAGGGCGGCGUGGGAGUACGCACGGAGACCGGACCCGGAGUACGGACCGGCAUCAGCCUCUACAAAAACAACCGACACAAGAAGUGAGAGAGCGAAGUGGAGCGGAGUGAAGCUUACCGGCCUUACCACACACACACACACACACACACACACACACACACACACACACACACACACACACACAC